AUGUCCUUCCCCACUCCCCCGAUUUCUCCCGGACCCAUCUCCCUCCAGCAAUAUCUUACCUCGCCGGAAUCCUCCCACAAUGGCUUCUUCCGCCGCUUUCUCGAGGCCAGAAGCGGGUGUCGCCACUCCGACAUUCUCCCACUUCCCGUGGGGGACAAGCUCAAAGUCAUAAACACAGUCGAUCUCGAUUCAAAUCAUCCGAUGGCUCCGAAUGGCAUGGGAAUUUCCGCGAAUGAUGCGAGGAAGAUUCUGAGGGCAUCGCAGAUGGAGAAGGUGAAAGCGAAGCUGAGAGACAUUCCUCAUACUUCAAUUUCUUACGCUCACUACUUCCGGCUCUGCCUUCAGUUCUGCGAUCACAAUCAAUGUCAAGCGGCGGAGUUCGCCAAGAUCUUGGAUCACUCCGGAAACGUCGUCGUUCUUGGCGACGUCGUUCUUCUACGUCCAGAACAGAUAGCAAAAAGAAUGGAGAGGUUAAUAUGGGAAUCAACAGUCAGUCCGGAUCCGAGAAGGGAGGAGCUGGAGAAGAUGGAAAGGUUAAAGGCCAUGAUUGACGAAAAGGCGAAGGCCCAGGUCCGAUCAGAGCUUUACUGUGGGCUGGGCUUUUUUGUUGUUCAAACGCUUGGACUUAUGAAGCUUACCUUUUGGGACCUGACCUGGGAUGUGAUGGAGCCCGUCGAGACUGCUAAUAAGGUCAUUCUUAGAGAAUUAAAGAAAAAGUUGGAUAAUACCAAAGGACUAUGGGCUGAGGAAAUACCAGAAAUAUUAUAG